AUGCCGUGUUGGAAGACUGGAUCCAGUGCUGACUUCAGAUCAUACUCACUGUUCUCCUGGGUAAACUAUUUCCCCUCUCGAGGAUAUGUGCUGACAGUGCUGAACACUCCAGAUGAACACCUCUCUCCGGGAUGGGCUCUCCACACUCGAGUGCUGUUACCCGUUUCCUCCUCGGUCCAGCGCUGGUGGUUCUCCAGAACUCCAGUCAUGCCAUUCUGCCCAUCUCCUGUGAGUCCAGCUUGUUGUGUACACAUCCCCUUCCCUAACUCUCAUGACUGCAUCAAGUGUCCAUGGGACCAGUGGCCCAAUCUCCAGAAGGUCAAGUGUCUAGCCAAAGAGAUAGAAAUCCUUUCCUACGAGGAGCCUUUGGGAGUUUUCUGGCUGCCAACAGUGUUUUCUCCUCCAGCAUUCCACCUUGUUUCAUUGGAUACCCCCAGCCUGACAAAUGCCUUCUACAGCAGACUGUUUUCGGAAUGUUCUUUGCCUUCUGUGUCUCUUGUAUCCUGGCUGGAGUGCCAUAUAUACUGCUGCUUGUGGCAUCUGUUCCUCUCGUACCUCAUUCCGGUCUCCUACUGCAGUGACAUGGGGUGUAGACUGCGCGCUUCCCAACUCUCCGCAACCACAGGCCAUGGGGACAUCUUGAUUGGGACUUUGCUGCCUUUCCAUAUUGAUAAACUGUUCAAGAAAUUCAUGUUCAGAGAAGCCCCUUCAGAAGACAUCUGCUCCAUGUUCUUCCUUGAAAUGUUCCAGCAUUUCCAGGCCAUGAGGUUUGCAUUAGAGGAAAUAAAUGGAAACCCGGAUCUUCUCCCAAAUGUCACUCUCGGAUUAAUUGCUUUCGACUCUUGUGCUGCUUUACGGAAAGAGCUGGAAGGAACAAUGUGGAUGCUAUCGGGUCAGGUUCCGCCUAUACCUAAUUAUAGUUGCCGUGACAAGCCACAUCUGGCAGCUGUCCUUGGCCAUACAAUGUCCUCAUCUUCUGUUCUUAUGGCUCAUAUAAUGGGACUUUAUAGGUUCCCACAGAUCAGCCAUUUUUCUACCAGCUCCCUGUUGAGUGAUCGAACCCAGUUUCCGUCUUUUUUCAGGACUGUCCCCAGUGACACUUUCCAGUCACAGGGCCUAGCCCAGCUCAUACUACAUUUUGCAUGGACUUGGGUAGGGAUGAUUGCUUUAGGAAAUGACUACGGCCAGCAAGGUGUUCAAGUUGUCAAGGAGGAGCUCCUCAAAGCUGGUGCUUGUGUGGCCUUCACAGAGUUCAUCAUUGUCAACAGUGACGACAGAAACAUACCUCGUAUCACUAGGGUCAUUAAAGGGUCAACUGCCAAGGUCAUACUUGUGUUUGCGAAUGAGCUCUACUUUGCUCUCCUUGUGGAUGAAAUGUUAAGGCAACAUGUGCCUGGGAAGAUUUUUGUGGCCAGUGAGGCUUGGUCGACCUCAACCAUUUUAGGGGUGGAGAAAUAUUCUUCACUAUUGGUGGGCUCUAUUGGCUUUGCCUUCUACAGUUCUGCUAUUCCCGGCUUUAAAGAAUUUGUGACCCAUAUCCGUCCUCUUCCUGUCAAAGGUCCAGGCGAUAAUCUGAAUCAGAUAUUUUGGGAAAAAACUUUUGGAUGCAGAUUUUUGGAUCAGAUGAGUCUUUCUCAGCCACGGAACAAUUCUACAAAGUUAUGUACAGGAUUUGAGGAUCUCAGCACUGUAGACAAUGUUUACACUGAUAUGUCUAAUUUAAGAGGGUCUCUUAGCAUCUACACUUCAGUUCAGAUUGUUGCCAAAGCUCUCCAUGACAUGAGCACUUGUCCGGAAAGUAGAGACCCUUUCUAUAACAGAAAUUUUACAGACAUUUGGAACUUCAAGCCGUGGCAGUUGAAGCAAUACAUUCAAAACAUACACGUCAAGCUUAAGAAUGGAAGAGAGGUCUUCUUUGAUAAAAAUGGGGAUCUUCCGGCAGUAUAUGAUAUAGUGAACUGGCAGCCGGGAUCGGAGGGUGUCAUAAAGAAGGUCAAGGUGGGAAGCUACGACACAUCAGUCACCGAUGGAGACAUCUUUACUAUUAACAUAAGCGCAAUCACAUGGCCUACAGGAAAAGGACAGAUCCCAACAUCAAUCUGCAGCGAGAGUUGUUCUCCGGGUUUCAGAAGAGUUGUUAGACAAGGAGAACCUGUAUGUUGCUUUGAGUGUAUCCUGUGCCCCAAUGGAGAAUUUUCUAACAGAACAGACUCAGAUGACUGUUACAAAUGUCCCCGGAACCUGUGGCCUAAUGCCGAAAGAUCCAAAUGCAUCCCAAAGACAAUUGAGUACCUUUCUUAUGAUGGGCCAUUAGGUUGCUCCUUGACUGCUACAGGUGUCUCUUCAUCCUUAAUGACAGUUUUUAUCUUGUGUCUGUUCUUUCACUACAGACAUACUCCCAUCAUCAAAGCCAACAACUACUCAUUAAGUUGCAUUCUUCUUAUGUCUAUAGCCCUCUGUUUUCUCUGCUCCUUAAAUUUCAUUGGAUAUCCUCAAACUCUUACAUGCCUGAUGAGGCAGGCAGUGUUUGGUAUGGUCUUUGCAGUCUGUAUUUCUACAGUUCUGGCCAAAACCCUCAUGGUUGUCUUUGCCUUCAUGGCCACCAAACCUAAUAGCAGACUCAGACGAUGGACAAGUCCGAAGGUGUCCUACAUGAUAAUUUCUACUUGCUCUGUUAUGCAGUUAUUGUUAUGUGUCGUGUGGUUGACUUUGGCUCCUCCAUAUUCAGAAUACAACACCCAAGCCCAACCAGAAAUCAUUAUAGCUGAGUGCAAUGAGGGUUCAUCAAGUGCUUUUUGGUCCAUGUUGGGUUAUCUUGGCUUGCUGUCAUCAGUCAGUUUCAUUGUAGCCUUUCUGGCUCGCACACUCCCUGAUAGCUUCAAUGAGGCCAAGUUCAUCACUUUCAGCAUGCUGGCCUUCCUGAGUGUCUGGGUGUCUUACAUUCCAGCUGCUCUUAGUGCUCGUGGCCAAUAUGUAGUGGCCAUGGAGGUCUUUGCCAUCUUAUCAUCAAGCUGGGCCCUGGUGAUCUGUAUGUUUCUUCCAAAAUGUUUCAUCAUAUUGUUUAAACCCAGCAUGAACUCUAAGGAAUAUCUCAUGGGCAAAGACAAACCAGGAGCAAAGCAACAGUUACAAAGCCACAUCUUACCAAAUGUAUCUAAAUGA